AUGGGCCGGGGCCCGUGCGCGGGCAGCCUCUGCGCGCUGCUCUUCUGUACUGCGCUCGCCGGCGAGGCGCCCUGCGCGCUGUCGCCCGAGGAGCUGCCGCUGGCCGCGCGCACGGCGCGCGCGACGGCGCACUGCGACAUCGUGCUCUUUAGCGCCGCGUAUUUCGGCGCGGACGCGGCCCUCGACGAGCCGCGGAGUCGGCACCACCGCGCGCUCGGCAAUCGGACCUGCGCGGUGCUCGUCGUCGGGCCGGGGACCGCCGAGGCGCUCGCGCACCACUGCAGCGUCGCGCCGUGGACCGUGGUGGCGGACGAGUCGGCGACGGCCCGGGAUCGGCCGCGGCGCGCGUCGAAGCGCGUCAAGCUCAGCGCGUCGCUCUACUUCCCGACGGCGGCGUUCACGCUGUUCGUGGAUUGGAAGUACGCGCUCCUGCAGACCCCCGAGUGGUUCCUCGAGCGGACCGCGUUCCGGGCGCCGUCCCGCGUGUCUCUCUUUGCGCACCCGUGCUCGGCGGCGACGUCGGCGGCGCUCCAGGGGCCCUUCGCGGCCACGUGCGCGCAUCCCCGCCGCCCGGGCGAGGCCUGGGAAGCGUGGGAGGCCCGCCUGAUCCUCGACGCGGCGCGGACCGACGAGCCCGGGCGCCUCCGGGCCCAGGUCGCGCGGAUGAGCGGCGCCGGCGGCGCCGACGCGUACGCCGACUCGGCGGUCGUCGCGGCGGCCCACGCCGACUCGGCGGUCGUCGCGGCGGCCCACGCCGACGCGGCGGUCGUCGCGGCGGCCCCGGCCACGGCGGCCGCCGCGGCCUUCCUCUGCGCGUGGCGGCGCGAGUUCGACCGCGACGACUCGAGCGACCGCGACCAGCUCGCGUUCGCGGCCGCGUUCCGGGCGUCCCCCCACGGCGUCGGCCUCAUCGAACCCGGCGACAGCGCGGCCCCCUGCGCCGGCCACCUCGGCCGGUGCGAGGCGCUCCGCGUCCUCCGGAGCCGGGCCAAGGUCCUGCCGCCGGCGGCGCCGCGGCGGCGGCGGCCCUGCCGGGCCCGCUGGCUCGACGACCCGAGGCACGAGCUCUCCGGCCCGCUCCGCGGCCGCAUCGCCGGCCACCUCCACCUGGGCCCGGGGCGGGAGCGGACGCGGACCGGCGCCGACGGGUAA